AUGGGCUUGCUACGACGUCCAGGAAGCAGCGCUAAUAGUCUCCUAGAUCGACUUAAUCCUAGGGUGUGGGCCGCCCGUUCGCCAAUUGGAGGUAGCAUUUCUGUCGAGCUCGGAUGUGAUGAUGAAGUAGGUGAGCAUGCUAUUGCAGCUAACGCCAUUACUGCUUCAGCUCUGCCCUUAGUUCUGAAGCCAUCAAGGUCACGAAAUAGCAUAGGCCUAGGUCUGAGCACUGGCCUUAUUUCUACUGGAAUGGCUACUGGACUUCUUGGCACUGGUCUUAUCGGAUCCGUUUCCAGUCCUAGUUUUUCUGAUGGACUCCACCUCCCACAGCAUUUGGCACUUACCAACGGCAUUGAAAUGACUACUGGCGGUCUCAAUGGUGCUAGGCGUAGCAGACCCAAUGCUACUAUUUAUUGUCACUCCUUUGACAAUAAAAAGAUGCGCUCGCGAGCAGGCCUGGGACCGUCAAGCGAGGAGACUGGUAUAGCCAAUGAGGAAGUGCUUACUGGAUCAUCCGGCAGCUUGGGGCUACCUAGGAAUUGCGGAUUUGGAGUUGGAGGCAUGGCUAUAGCAUGUGGUGCUACAGCAGAUUUCAAUGCUGAUGAAAAAUUAGUAAACGCCAGUGUUCCAACAAAGAAACCUCCUCGACUGGUAGCAGAGCAGCCAUUAUUGAACUAUUUGGAGGGGCAACAGACUUAA